GCGAGACCGUGACAUUCCGCCAUCUUCGAAGUGAACUUGCAGUUUUCAGCGGAAAAAGUACCUGUGUUGUUGAGAUUUUCUGUCAGUAUUACCCAUAGCACGGAUUAUUCGUGCCGAUUAAAUUGCAGAUAUGGCGUUGUCACUGGCACCCAUGAAUAUCUUCAAUAGACAGGCAGAGGAAGAGAAGGGUGAAAGUGCCCGACUGUCAUCAUUUGUUGGAGCUAUUGCCAUUGGUGAUCUUAUUAAAAGUACAUUAGGACCCAAAGGAAUGGACAAAAUUUUACAAUCUCCAAAUGCUACUGAUGCAAUCCAAGUGACAAAUGAUGGAGCAACGAUAUUGAAGUCAAUCGGUGUAGACAAUCCUGCUGCCAAGGUAUUGGUGGAAAUCAGUAAGGUACAGGAUGAUGAGGUUGGCGAUGGAACUACAUCUGUCACUGUGUUAGCAUGCGAGCUGCUUAAGGAAGCUGAAACUCUUGUUUCUAGUAAACUUCAUCCACAAACUGUAAUCAGAGGCUGGAGAAAGUCUGUUGAUGAAGCAAGAAGAGUUUUAGAAGAAAACGCUUUGGACCAUGGAGAUGACCCUGUUAAAUUUCGUGAAGAUUUAUUGAAUAUUGCCAGGACAACUUUAAGUUCAAAGCUACUAACUCAACAUAAAGACUUCUUUGCUAAUCUAGCUGUGGAUGCUGUGCUAAGACUGAAGGGUAGUGGUGAUUUAAACGCUAUUCAGAUAAUCAAGAAGCUAGGUGGUAGCAUGUUAGACUCCAUACUUGAUGAAGGUUUCCUGUUAGACAAGAAGAUUGGCGUUAAUCAACCCAAGCGUAUAGAGAACGCCAAGAUUCUUAUUGCUAAUACCGCCAUGGAUGCAGAUAAAAUCAAGAUCUUCGGUUCCAGAGUACGAGUCGAUUCCACUGCAAAGAUUGCUGAUUUGGAAUUAGCUGAAAAGGAGAAGAUGAAAAACAAAGUAGAUAAGAUUAUUAAACAUGGCGCUAAUGUAUUUAUUAAUAGACAACUCAUCUAUAAUUAUCCAGAACAGCUAUUUGCUGAUGCUGGCGUCAUGGCGAUAGAGCAUGCCGAUUUUGAAGGAGUAGAAAGGUUAGCCUUAGUUACUGGUGGGGAAAUUGUAUCAACUUUUGACCAUCCUGAAUUAGUGAAACUUGGUACCUGUGAUCUUAUAGAAGAAAUCAUUAUUGGUGAAGAUAAAUUAUUAAAGUUUUCCGGAGUAGCAUUGGGAGAGGCAUGUACUAUAAUACUGCGAGGUGCCACUCGGCAGAUAUUAGACGAAGCUGAGAGAUCACUUCACGAUGCAUUGUGUGUACUCACACAGACUGUAAAAGAAACAAGAACUGUAUUUGGAGGAGGUUGCAGUGAGAUGCUAAUGGCUAAUGCUGUAAAUGCUCUAGCAGCAAGAACACCAGGGAAAGAAGCUGUAGCUAUUGAAUCCUUUGCAAGAGCAUUACAACAGGUAAGCUAA